CACCUUUCCCUAUUUCCGGACCAGUACUUGUCCUUUGACCUGUAACGCCGUUUUUCAGCCGUAUUUUUUUGGUUCUGUCUGAUUGUUGGAUGCUAUGAUGCAUAUAUCAUGGGUGAGAUAUGCAGCUGUCCUAGUGUGUCUGUGUGCGAUGGUGGCAGCAAGUGAAGGGGAGAAGGACAAGAAGAAACUGCAGAUUGGUGUGAAGAAACGCGUGGAUCCAGACAAAUGCAAGAUCAAGUCAAAGAAGGGGGACACAUUACAUAUGCAUUAUUCAGGAAAACUAGAAGAUGGUACAGAAUUUGACAGUAGUUACUCGAGGAAGGAACCAUUUGUGUUUACACUAGGAGCUGGACAGGUCAUUAAAGGAUGGGACCAAGGACUGCUCAUGAUGUGUGAAGGAGAAAAAAGAAAGCUGGUCAUACCAUAUGACAUGGCUUAUGGAGAGAGGGGAUCUCCCCCUAAAAUUCCAGGAAAGGCAACUCUAGUAUUUGAAGUCGAACUCAUCCAGAUAGAGAGAAAAGAGGAGUUAUAAGCUGAUUUUGUUAUGGUUACCAUUGUCAUACUUAUAUUCAGGUUCAAAUGUUUAUUUCUUUUGUGGCUGCUUGCCCUUUUCUUAACAGCUGUUUAUAGCACCUUUUGUUUUUAGUUUAGUCAGAUAUCACAUUCCAUGUGAAUACAUCUAAAUUUGUUACACGCUGUCAUCUUUCGUUAUUUUUAACAUUUUGAACAGUUGCAUGAAUGUUUUCAGGAUGUGGAAUUUGUUACUUCAAAUGUUGCAAUAACUAAAAUGUGACCAUCCGACCAAAGAACUAUGAAUUGUCCCAUAUUGUGGCCUUGUUUAUGGUGGGAAAAAAAUGUACAUGUAUUUAAAAGAAAAUGUUAAUUUGGAUACGUCUUCAUUGUCUGCUAGUUGUGAUUGGGUGAGGUUAGUAUGCAUCAUAUGGUAAAUCGAAAUCAACUUGUAUUUUUCAAAUAAAUGCUAAUGAAAUGGCAUUUGUACCCCCACAAGUCUUACAGACAUCAAUGUCAUUUAUAAGAUUCCUUCGACAUCAUGCUCACAGUUGGGGUUUGGAAAUGAACUGCAUUUGUGAUGUUUGAAGUUGUAAAUGAACAUCUCACAGUAAUGAAUGUUUCUCAUGUCAAUAUGUAUGCAAUCAAGAAGUGUUUACAUUUUAGUAUGUCAGGUUAAUUGUUGUUUUAAAAUGAUAUUUUUCUCUGUAUAAAAGAAUGGAAGGUACAUGCAACAAUAAAGAUAUGAUUAAAAUUG